AUGGCUGUAUGGACCCUGUGGCGUCUGCUUCUCUGGGAGGCUUUGCUUGCAGGGGCAGUGGCUGGGGCCUGCGUGCAUGCCCUGGUGGGGGGUUCAGCGCUGCUCAAGGCAGAGCCACCCCCAGGCUUCCAAGUCCGAGAGGUCAUCUGGAGAUCGCUCUGGCCUUCGGAGGAGCUCCUGGCCACAUUUUUCCGGGGUUCCCCAGAGACACUGUACCAGUCCCGCUUCCUGGGCAGAGCCCAGCUGCACAGCAACCUCAGCCUGGAGCUCCAGCCGCUACAGUCUGCAGACAGCGGCAACUUCUCUGUGCUGCUGGUGGACGCAGGAGGCCAGGCCCUGACCCAGACGCUGCAGCUCCAGGUGUACGAUGCUGUGCCCAGGCCCGUGGUGCAAGUGUUCAUUGCUGUACCAGGGGGCACUCAGCCUCCCAAGACCUGCCAAGUGUUCCUGUCCUGUUGGGCCCCCAACAUCACUGAUAUCACCUACAGCUGGCGAAGGGAGGGGACCAUUGAUUUCGGUGUCGAGCCUCCUGGACUCUUUGAAGAUGGACAGGUGCUCAGGAUUUCUCUCGGACCAGGCGACAAGAGUGUGGCCUAUUCCUGCAUCGUUUCCAACCCUGUCAGCUGGGACUCGGCCACAGUCACCCCCUGGGAGAGCUGCCAUCACAAAACAGCACCAGGGGCAGCUUCCUACAAAGAUGUGCUGCUGGUGGUGGUGCCCGUCUCACUGCUCCUAGUCCUGGCUGCUAUCUUCUCUGCUUGGCACUACAGACCCUGCUCAGGGAAAAGGAAGAAAGUGUGUGCUGACAGAGCAGCUAUAGAAACAGAGACACCCCUGGUGUAGUGGCUGCGGAGGGAGGGACCCCACUACCAGCAUGUGAUUGGCCGCAGCUGUGCCUGGAAACACCAAGGUCCUGUGCCUCCUGAGAGGUCCAGCCGGCUGCCUGUCACACUGCGGGCAGUGACACAGGGGACACUAGCCCCGCCUCGUAUCUCUUCUCUCUGCAUGCCCGAACUCUGCUGUGCGCAAGAUGGACCCAGCAGCCCGUGCCCCCAAAGACACGGGAAGUUCUCCAGUAUCCAGCGACUAACUGUUCAGGUCACUCACUGCCCACACUGUUCAGUGUCAACUGACUAUGUCCCCUCAAAGUUCACAUGCAGGAGUCCAACCCUGUGGCACAGAGUACGAUUACGUAGCAGAUCGCGGAGCCCUUCUACCCAUUAGACACCCAGGAGGGCUGUGCACCACUUGAAAAAUGCCAACAUGAAGGACGGCUUCCUCAGUGUCUGAAGCAGAUGCCCUCUUAGAUACAAAUGAGGCUCUUCCUAUCGGUGGGAGCUGCCUCAGAUCAGGAUCGACCAGCGUGUGGCACAUCCAUCAGGACUCCUGCCUUCUGGGACUGCGGGACACGGCCAGCCAGCACCUCCCACAUACUUUCCCACUGAGUCUAAUGUGGCUCAGAGAUUGGAGUCGGAGCUAGGAUGGAGCCUAUUUGCAUUCCCAGCCCAGACAACUCGUUAGA